AUGAGCACGACGAGCAUCACAUCGGGAUCAAUAGACUUGGACGAGGAGCCGCCAUUCAAAUAUACAAAGAUCGGCGCUGAUGUAGCCAGCUCAACGCUUAAGGACACUGCCUCCGUUCUGCGCUGCUGCGAAGAGUUUAUUGCACUCGGCACCCACUCCGGAUACCUCCAUUUGCUAUCUCACUCGGGUCAUCGCAUAAAGGCAUUCAAACCACACUCAGCCUCAAUAAUGGACAUUUCACUCGAUACGCGACACUCGUUUAUCGCAACUGCAAGCGUUGAUGGUCAGGUAUUCAUCUCCUCUAUCUACGCUACAGAACGGUACUAUUUUGACAACAAGCGGCCAAUGCGUUGUGUCGCACUCGAUCCACAUUUCGCUACAAACUCAUCGCGCGCGUUCAUAGCAGGCGGAAUGAAUGGCCGACUCACGCUCAACGAGAAAGGCUGGCUGGGUCAUCGCCAGACUGAUUUGCAGCCCCUCGACAAAGAUGAUGGGCCGGUGUAUAACUGUAUCUGGCACUCCAACUUGUUAGUCUGGUCUAAUGACUCUGGAGUGCGGUUGUACGAUAUACAACACAUGAAACUCGUUGCUUUCAUUCCUAAACUCGAUAUGUCCCCGCGACCAGAUGUUUCGAGGGUCUCACUCAGUUUCAUCGAUAAACACACACUCGUUAUUGGUUGGGGGAGUAUUAUACGAUUGGUUAAAAUUAGGUCUAGACGCUUACUUCCUUUGCACGCAUACGAACAUCCUCAACUCCAGGCUGAGAUUCACUCCUCAUUCGAAAUGGACGCCAUGAUCUCAUCCGUCCUCCCUUUCGAUAAGGCUCUGCUGGUGCUGGCGUGGCUCGAGCCUGAUGGCGCCUUACUCAACGAUGAAAGCGUGCAGGAUAAGCAUGCACAGCGGAAACGAGCAUCUAAGAGACCCGAGCUGAGAGUACUCUCGUUGGAUGGCGAGGAAGAUGAAGAGGAUAGACUUCCAAUACACAACUUCUAUCUGUAUGGUUGCAACGACUACAAAUUAGUGCCAUCCCUUUUCCCUACCCGCAACGGUCUCAAAAGCGGUUUCUAUUUCAUGUCACCACGCGAUGUCGUCAGGGUGGAGGCUAGAGAUGAGAUAGAUCACGUGAAUUGGUUGAUCGACGGUAAAAAACAUGGUGAGGCGCUCGAAGCAGCGUCGAAACUUACCAUCGAGCAUCCUUUCAAUCUCGAUCAACUUGGUCAAACUUAUUUACAGUCUUUGCUGGUAGACGGUUGCUAUGAUGAGGCUGCGUCUAAAGCACCAGAUAUUUUCAAACAGAAUGUCGCCGCUUGGCAGGAUUUCUUCUACGCUUAUGCGAAUGAUGAAAAACUUGAUCAAAUUAUACCAGUUAUACCCAAAAAGGAGCCUCAAUUAGACGAGCAAGUGUAUGCUUUAAUACUCCAUCACCUUCUGCAUUCCAAUACACAGGGUUUUUACACAGCUAUAAAAGAAUGGCCUGCAUCAAUCUACGACGUAAGCAGCAUGAUAACGGUAGUGCAGAAUGAGUUGGACAAUCUACAUGAGCACGAGCAUGAGCGUGAGCAUUACGUGAAAAUCAAAUUACUUGAGUCGCUAGCAGAAUUAUACCUGCACAACCGCCAACCUGGCAAAGUGGUGCCAAUCUAUCUUUCGCUAGAAAAAUACGAGGUGUUUGAACUGAUAAAGCAAUACAGUCUGUGGACAGAUGCGCAAUACCAAGCGCUCGAGCUGGUCCGCUUCGACGAAGGGCUGGCGUUGUCGCAGUCAAAGACGCACCCACAGUCACAAUCGCAGUCACAAUGGACCGGGGAUGGUAGAGGAACUAUAAUAAAGAUGCUGGUUGAUCACACGUACUCUAUACAGAUCAACACGGUUGUCGAGCAGCUGAAGCAUGAGAGCAGAUAUCUGUACCUCUAUCUGGAUGCACUGCAUCAAGUCGAUAGCACACUCGUGGAACCUUACGCCGAUACGAUGGUUGAGCUGUAUGCGGAACAUAACCUCGAUAAGCUGGAGGGGUAUUUGCGCACGAGUGUGCGAUAUAAUCUAGAAAAGGCAUAUCAAGUAUGCGAAAAGAGAGAUUACGUACAUGAGAUGGUAUUCAUACUCGGCCGGAUGGGAUCGAAUAAGCUAGCGCUGAGUUUGAUAAUAGAGAGACUGGGUGAUGUGAAGAGGGCCAUAGCAUUCGCUAAGGAGCAGAAUGACAACGAUUUAUGGGAAGAUGUGUUGGUGUAUUCGGAGAGCAGGCCAUUGUUUAUUCGCGCACUGCUCGAGAAUGUGGGUCCGGAGAUUGAUCCAGUGAGGUUGAUACGCCGGAUCAAGAAUGGCUUGUCGAUACCAGGGUUGAAGGAGGCGUUGAUCAAGAUACUGCAGGAUUUUCAAUUGCAGAUAUCACUUCUUGAAGGGUGCCAAAGUGUGGUCCACGGGGAUUGCAAGCGUGGGCUAGACGAGCUGCUAUCGAGACAGGCUAGGGGGAUGUUAGGUGGACCCAACACUCAGUGCACAGACUCGCGGGAAAAGGCAUUCGAUGGCUCAGAGCCUGCGUUAGUGUAUGGGGAUGGCAGGGUGUGCAAAGUAUCUUGGCUUCUCGGUGAGGAGACGGAGAGAGGUGCACACGGGGCGAGACUGGGAAGCGUCCAAGUCAAAGCUCACGAGCUUCAAAACAAGAACAAGACCGACCUCCUCAACCAGCUCCACGAGUUGAAGGGCGAGCUCGUUCAACUUAGAGUCGCAAAGGUCGCUGGUGGCUCAGCAAGCAAGUUGACCAAGAUCCACUCUGUCCGCAAGUCUGUCGCUCGCGUCCUCACCGUCAUCAACCAAAAGCAACGCCAACACGUCGCUGAGGCUUACAAGGGUAAGCGUAUCCCUCUCGACAUGCGCCACAAGAAGACUCGCGCUAUCAGACGCCAACUCACUCCAAAGGAGAAGUCUGCAAAGACCACCCGUCAACACAAGCGCGAUGUCCACUUUGGCCGUCGUAAGUUCGCCGUCAAGGCUUAA